AUGGUUGCAAACUGGCCAGCGGGUGUUCAAGUGGGUUGCCAAGGAAAUGGGAGGUGGGACAAAGAUUACAUGAAGUGGAGAUGGCAACCUCAAGAUUGUGACAUUCCAAGGUUCAAUGCAACAAAUAUGCUGGAAUUGAUUAGAGGAAAGAGGCUAGUCUUUGCUGGUGAUUCAAUUAAUAGGAAUCAAUGGGAAUCAUUGCUUUGUUUAUUGACGAGUGCUGUUAAAGAUCCCACUAGGGUGUAUGAGACACGAGGUCGAAGGAUUACUAAGAAUAGAGGGGCUUAUAGUUUCAAAUUUGUGGAUUAUCAGUGCACAGUUGAAUUCUAUGUGACCCAUUUCUUAGUGCGUGAAGCAAUGAGGAUGGGUAGGAAGCGUAAGGAAAGUUUGCGAAUUGAUAGCAUAAAUAGAGAUUCAGCAAAAUGGAGAGGAGCUGAUAUCUUCAUCUUUAACACUGGAAAUUGGUGGACUCAUUUCAAGACAAAAGCAGGGAUUAACUAUUACCAGGAAGGUAAGCAAGUUUAUCCACACCUUGAUGCUAUAGCAGCUUACAAAAAAGCUCUUCUGACGUGGGCGACAUGGGUCGAUAGAUAUAUAAAUCCUCACACAACCCAGGUUUUCUUUCGAAGUACAGCACCAGCUCAUUUCAGAGGAGGGCAAUGGAAUACUGGCGGGCAUUGUAGAGAAGCAAGGAGGCCACUAAAUGAAAUGUACAUAGACAAUCUUGAUAAAGAUCAUAUUGCUCGGGAGGUCAUCAAUACGAUGAAAACUUCUGUUACAUUUGUGAAUGUAACAGGAUUAUCGUCAUAUAGGAUUGAUGGUCAUCCUUCCAAGUAUGGGAAAAACCCAGGAAAGAAGGGAUCGUCAGAAGAUUGCAGUCAUUGGUGUCUUCCCGGUGUUCCAGGCUGGAACGAGCUGAUUUAUCAUCAGUUACUUUAUAAAACAACAGAAGAAUAUGUAUGCUAG